CUCAUGCGGCAUGCCUACCCCUCCCUACAGUGUGUGUUCGACCACGCCACGAGACGGACGCACAUAAUGCGGUGUUUGUUGCUGGUGUGUGCGUUGGCGGCGGGGGUGUGGGGGAACGUUCCCGACAACCGCCUUGAUCCCUCCCUCUACAACAUCGGCAUCGGUAUCCAUGACGCUACUGGGCCUGCUGCCGGGGUCAACAUGAUGGGCUACGCCAACCCUGAACAAAUCAACGGUGGCAUUCAUGUGCGCCUGUUUUCGCGUGCCUUCGUCUUCGACGACACACAGCGACGAGUUGUGUUCGUCAGCCUCGACUGUGGCAUGAUGGCCUCCAUCAUCAAGAUUAAGGUGAUCGAGAAGCUGCAGAAAGACUACGGGGACCUGUACGGCCACGACAAUGUGAUGCUGUCCGGCACCCACACUCACUCAGGACCCGCCGGCUAUCUCCAGUUCCUUCUGUUUGACAUUACAUCUCUAGGUUUCAUCCAAGAGACCUUGGACGCCAUGGUUGAAGGGGUCUACCAGAGCAUCAAGCUGGCACACGAGAACAUGGUGCCAGGCUACCUGUACCUGAGCAGCGGGGAGCUACUCAACUCAUCCAUCAACCGCUCCCCCACCAGCUACCUAUACAACCCAGAGGAGGAGCGAAAAAAGUACCUCUACGACACAGACAAAACUAUGACCCUUCUUAAGAUUGUCGGACAAGACGGUACAGACUUAGGGAUGGUGAACUGGUUUGCUGUGCACCCUACCUCCAUGAACAACACCAACAAGCUCAUCUCUGGCGACAAUAAAGGCUACGCUUCCCAGCUCUUCGAAAAGGCCAUGAAUCCCCCCGGAACGCUGCCUGGCCAGGGAAAGUUUGUAGCGGCGUUCGCGCAGACCAAUUGUGGCGAUGUGACCCCCAACAUCCAGGGCCCCAAGUGCAUCGAUACAGGGCUGCCCUGCGAUCUGGCCUCCUCCACUUGCAAUGGCCGCGUUGAGAAGUGCAUCGCAUCUGGCCCUGGGAAGAACAUGAUCGACAGCACCAGGAUCAUCGGCCACAACCAGUACGAGAAAGCCUGGGAACUGUACCACGAUCCGACAGCCGUCAAGUUGUCUGGUUCAAUUCAGUUCGCUCAACAGUUCAUCGACAUGUCCAACUAUACUGUCAACUUUGCUGACGGAUCAUCGGCUAAGACAUGCAUACCAGCAUUAGGUUACAGCUUUGCAGCUGGCACCAUCGACGGUCCAGGCGCCUUCGAUUUCACUCAAGGGAUGACGAACGGGAACCCCUUCUGGAACAUGGUGAGCGGCCUCCUGCACAAGCCCUCGCCAGAGCAGAUCGCCUGCCACGCCCCCAAGCCCAUCCUCCUCGACACUGGCGAGAUCAACAUGCCUUACCCGUGGCACCCAAGAAUCGUGGACACCCAGGUUGGUCGUAUAGGUCAGCUGGCAAUCCUUCCUGUGCCAGGGGAGUUCACUACCAUGUGUGGACGACGCUUCAGGGACCAUGUGGCUGCCACAUUCGCUGCUGGUGGACUGGAGGGGAUGGUGCCGGUGAUCGCUGGCCUCAGUAACGUUUACACACAUUACGUCGCCACCGUGGACGAGUACCAGGCACAGCGCUACGAGGCUGCCUCCACCAUCUACGGCCCCUACACCUGCUAUGCUUACAGGCAACAGUAUGCCUACCUCGCCAACGCUGUCAUCAAUGGUGAAACUCCUCCAGCAGGACCAUUUCCACCAGACCUGUCGCCGUAUCUCAUCACACUACUGCCAGGGGUGAUGUUUGACGGUACUACCCCUGGAUCUGCCUUCGGUGAUGUGGUUGCCCAGCCCUAUCCCCUGGCCUACACUGGGGAGACAGUCACCGCCAAGUUUGUGUCGGGGCAUCCCAGGAACGACGUUCAGUUGGGUGGGACCUUCCUCACGGUGGAGCGACAGAGUGACGCAGGGGACUGGCAGGUGGUGGCAACAGACGCCAGCUGGGAAACUAGGUUCAUCUGGGACCGGGUGUCGUCGUUGCUGGGGACAAGCGUGGCCACCGUUAAAUGGGACAUCCCUGUGGACACUCCCCCAGGAACCUACCGCAUCACCCACACUGGACACCACAAGACCCUCUUUCGCGGAGUCUCCCAGUACCACGGCACCUCUGAUGCCUUCAAGGUGGAGAAUGGGCCACCUGAGAACAACGAGAUAAGGGCCAGGAGGAUAAUUCGCCCUCGUCAGCCUUGGUGGAAAAGAAUCUUCGGCCUGUAGCCUCCACGCUGCCCAUCGCGUCUCCAAGACCUUCACGCCUCCUAAAAAGCCUAAACCUCGACUCCGCUGUACUUUACUGUGCCUUCCAAAGUCCUCUACCUGCCAUACCACGCCUUCCAAAGUUCUCUACCUCCCACACCACACCUUCCAAAGUCCUCUACCUGCCAUACCAUGCCUUCCAAAGUCCCAUACCUGUCAUACCAUGCCUUCCAAAGUCCCAUACCUCUCGCACCACGCCUUCCAAAGUCCUCUACCUACAAUACCACGCCUUUCAAAAUUCACUCCCUCUUACACCACGCCCUUCAAGUUCCCUUUGCAUUAGGUACACCAAAGACUACAUCAGGGAGGUAAUUAUGAUGUUAUUAAUAUUGUUAUGAAAACUUAUCUUGUGACCCCAGGGAGAGCUGUCUUCUCCAGUUGUGCCAUGUUAGAGGUAUUAAAUGAUGAGGAAUA